ACCAAUCACACACGGGACCGGCCUCUCGCCCCGCCCCUGAACCCACACCAGGUCUGUCCUUAUCCUCCCCUGCGGCCGGAGGCACCGCGGCUGAGCCAGGAUGGACAGUGCAGUCGCCUGCUUCUCGGAGGACUCGUUCCGGGCGGCCGGCGCCGAGCUGCAGCAGGCUUCGCUGACCGGGGCCGAAUGGACGCUGCUGGUGAAGUCCCAGGGCAUUCACAUCUUCCGACAGAUGGACAAGUCAUCCGGACUUUAUGAGUACAAAGUCUUAGGUACUCUGGAAGACUGUCCACCAUCUCUUCUGGCCGAAGUCUAUAUGGACUUAGAGUACCGAAAACAGUGGGACCCGUAUGUUAAAGAACUCUAUGAAAAAGAAGUCGACGGAAAGACUGUGGUCUACUGGGAAGUGAAGUACCCCUUUCCCCUGUCCAACAGAGAUUAUGUCUACAUCCGGCAGCGGCGAGACCUGGAUAUAGAUGGGCACAAGAUCUACGUGAUCCUGUCGCAGGGCGUCUCUGUACCACAGAUUGCUGAGAGAACGGGAGUGAUCCGGGUGAAGAAAUACAAGCAGACCCUGGCGAUUAUGAGUGACGGCAAGCAGGGGAGUAAAGUUUCCAUGUAUUACUUCGAUAACCCGGGUGGCCAAAUUCCGUCCUGGCUCAUUAACUGGGCAGCCAAGAAUGGAGUGCCUAACUUCCUGAAAGACCUGGGAAAAGCCUGCCAGACCUUCCCCCAAAGAGCACCUCAGUAAAGGAAUUCAGAACCACACACCCACGGGACGAUGUCUCCAGAAGGGCUCCCCCCUCUCCCGCUCAUGCUCAGCUGCCUGUGCCCACCUCAGCACGUCAGCACGUGUCUGCGGCUCAGUCCAGCUCACCCGCCUGCUUCCUGUCCCACUCUCCCACCCCAGGACAGGCUGCCUUGAAUAUGGGUCAGAUCAGGGAAACCUUUGCUUGUUUAUGUUUUAAAAGGGAAGUCCUCCACAGGGAACACAAUCACUCCAUUGUGCCUUUCCAGGGGGAUGGGUGGGUGGAGGGACAACAAGACGGGCCGACCCCAGCCAGCCGGCUCCUUCCCAGAGUGGGAUUUCUUGCAGUGUAGUGGGUGGGGCCUCUGGUGUGGCAUUCUGAGCGGACAUUGAUUGUGCACUAAGAUGGGAAGACUAGGGCAGCGGCCCCUUUGCUUGUGCUUUUGGUGACUUGCUUUGAUUGAAGCGACCCUCUGUGAAGUCUCGCCCGACUCCUAAUUGUGAAGGGUCACUAGCAGUUUUGGUAUCCAACCACUUUCAGACAAGUGGUAGGCCUGACUGAGCACAAAAUGUGGUAACUGGUUCUCCUCGUGCAUGACGAGGUUUUUCCCUUUUCCAUGUGGCACUAAGGGGAAGCCAUCCAUGUCUCACUAGCCAGGCAUUUUACUGGAAGCGGAGGUGCCAUUUAGAUGACUCUGGCAGUCAGCAGCAGCGAAGAUGCUUCAUCUGGGGUUUGGUGUAUAUGCAGUUAGAUGCAUUUCCCUUCAGACUGUUGGGAGAUGUUGAAGAUAGACCGGCUCAUGGCCAGGGAAGUAGUUAAUUUGUAGUUUGGUGGUCUGUCCCCUUUGCUGAGGAAUUCUACCUAAGUUUUCUGCUUCUUCUACCUCAGAAGGGCUCCCAGUUUUCUUUGCUUUCUUCCAAAUUGUAGGGAGGCAAACUAUUCUGUGGCGAAAGGAAGAGUCUUGGUAAUCUCAGGGAAAAAAAGUGAAAUACUACAGAUGAUGGUACUGAACUUUGACUAGUGGACUUAGAAAUUCAGAAUGUAAAGCCAGAAGUAAGCUCUUUUAAAUAAAAAAACAAUUGACAUGUAUAUAACAUUUAGGUGAUAUGUUUACAAUACUGUUAAUGUUAUGGUUUAAUGUACAGUUACUGCACCCAACCACCAAAGUGCUCAGGAACCUCCACCGAUGUCCUUAUAUUACUUCUAAACCCACCUAUUCUCCUCUCCCCCUGCUUAGUAAUCUUAGUUUUGUAAUUCAAGGCUAAGGAUUUGUCAUCAUUCAGUACUGUCUAUCUCUUUGUUUUGUCAGAAGCAGAUGAUUUAUUUAAACAAAUACCUCACUCUCUUGGUUUUCUCUCUGGACCUAAUAAAUGCUUAUC